AUGUCGUUCCGCCGUGGUAUGAUUUCAUUUGCCGGAAUAAUGGGCGUCGCCGUACUCCUGCGCUGCACGAUCGUUCCGGACGAGGAAAAGAUUCUCCGGAGCAUGAGCGCCGAGGUGCGCGCCGACUACGAGCGCAACAAGGAUAAGCGGAGAGAACAGCACGAUGCGAUCAUGGCCCAGAUCAUUGAAAACUCAAAGUCAGAUAAGCCCAUCUGGGACGUGACGCCGCCACCAAAACGCGAGUUCAUCAGCAAAAGCUUGGGCUUGGGCAAAGUUUCGGGCAUCGCUGUAGGCCCGGUCGGGUUCAGCCAACUCGAGUGGUGCCUUUUUGCACAAGAAACGGGGAGGCCGCUCGCGUGUAAGCAGGGCGUUGAGGAUGGUCCAAAAGUUAAGCGCCGCAGCCAUGUCGCCAUUCCACUUCUGUCUGCCUGA